ACUAACUAUUAUACAAACCACCAGUACUAAACAAGAUGGCUAAGAAAUCCAAAAAGGCAAGUAAAGGAGACGACAUCUGGGCUGAUGAUGAGCUUAAUACUCCAGAAGCAGAAGAAUUUGGUUCUACUGCUGAAGCAGGAGCUGAAGGUGAAGCUGAAACCAAUGGUGAUGGAGAAGAACAAACUAGCAAUGGACCAACCGAAGCCAGUGCUGAUGAUUUCGAUGACUUUUUAGGAUCUAUUAGAAAGAACAAGCAAAAGAAGGCAGCCAAGAAGGAAGAAGAUGAAAAAUCCAAAUCUGAAGAAGCUCCUAAAUUAUUGUCCAAAAAGGAAAAGGAAAGAUUAAAGAAAGAAGAAGAAAAGGCUAAGAAGAAGGAAUUGGCUCAAAAGAAGAAGGAACAACAAGCUAGUAAGAAAGAACAGAUUAAGGAGGCUAAUAAACAGAAUGCUGCUGCUUCAGUAUCUGCAUCUGCUACUCCUGAACCAGAAGAUGAACCUAAGCCUAAAGCUGCUCCUAAGAAGGCUGGUAAGAAGGCUCCAGCUGGUCUUGCUGCUUUAAAGCGUCAAUUAGAAUUAAAGAAACAAUUGGAAGAAGAACAACGUCGUCUUGAAGAGGAAGAAGAACAAAAGAGAUUAGAAGAAGAAAAAUUAGCUGCUGAAGAAGAAGCUAAGAGAGAAGCUGAUAGAGCUGCUAAGAAAGAAAAGGAAAGAUUAAAGAAAGAACAAUUAAAGGCAGAAGGAAAAUUACUUACUAAGAAACAAAAGGAAGAGAAGAAACUUCAAGAACGUCGUCGUCAACAAUUAUUACAAUCUGGUAAUGUUACUGUGGCUGGUUUACAACAACAACAAGAAGAUGCCCCUAAACCUAAGAAGGUUGUCUAUACUAAGAAGAAGUCUACUAAACCAAAGACUUUCAAUCAAAAGCCAGCACCUGUUGUCGAAGAAAAGAAACCUCAAGAUGAAGAUGAAGAAGAAGCUUUAAUUGAUGACUGGGAAAAGAUGGCUCUUGAUGAAGAGCCACUUGCUGAUGAUUGGGAAACUGCAUUAAAUGAUGAUGAACCAGCUGAAAAGGAAGUAGCUGAAGAAGAUGAUGAUGAAGAAGAUGAAGCUGCUGCUGCUGCUGCUGCCGCCGCUGCCGCCGCUGAAGCUGAACGUAAAGCUCAAGAAGAAGCCGAACGUGCUGCUGCUGAAGCUGAAGCUAAGGCUGAAGCUGAACGUAAAGCCAGAGAAGCUGAAAGCGCCAACGCUAAAUUGGUUGAGUUAGAAAAGAAACCUGCAUCUGAUAAAGAUUUACGUUCUCCAAUUUGUUGUAUCUUAGGUCAUGUUGAUACUGGUAAAACUAAAUUACUUGAUAAGAUUCGUCAAACAAAUGUUCAAGGUGGUGAAGCUGGUGGUAUUACCCAACAAAUUGGGGCUACUUAUUUCCCAGUUGAUGCUAUUAAACAAAAGACUAAAGUUAUGGCUCAAUAUGAAAAGCAAACUUUUGAAGUUCCAGGUUUAUUAAUUAUUGAUACUCCAGGGCAUGAAUCCUUUACUAAUUUAAGAUCUCGUGGUUCUUCUUUAUGUAAUAUUGCCAUUUUAGUUAUUGAUAUUAUGCAUGGUUUAGAACAACAAACUCUUGAAUCUAUAAGAUUAUUAAGAGAUAGAAAGGCUCCAUUCAUUGUUGCAUUAAAUAAAAUCGAUAGAUUAUAUGGUUGGGAUGCUACUCCUGAUAAUUCUUUUAGAGAUUCCUUUUCUAAACAAUCUAAAGCUGUUCAAGCUGAAUUCCAAAAUAGAUAUGAUGAAAUUAAAUUAGCAUUAUCUGAACAAGGGUUAAAUUCCGAAUUAUAUUUCCAAAAUAAGAAUAUGUCUAAAUAUGUUUCCAUUGUUCCAACUUCUGCUGUUACUGGUGAAGGUGUUCCAGAUUUAUUAUGGUUAUUAUUGGAAUUAACUCAAAAGAGAAUGUCUAAACAAUUAAUGUACUUAUCUAAGGUUGAAGCUACUAUUUUAGAAGUUAAAGUUGUUGAAGGGUUUGGUUAUACUAUUGAUGUUGUAUUAUCCAAUGGUGUUUUGAAAGAGGGUGAUAGAGUGGUAUUAUGUGGUUUAAAUGGUCCAAUAGCAACCAAUAUAAGGGCGUUAUUAACACCACCACCAUCAAGAGAAUUAAGAAUUAAAUCAGAAUAUGUACAUCAUAAAGAAGUUAAAGCAGCAUUAGGGGUUAAGAUUGCUGCCAAUGAUUUAGAAAAAGCUGUAGCAGGUUCUAGAUUAAUUGUGGUAGGAGAAGAUGAUGAUGAAGAAGAAAUUAUGGAAGAAGUAAUGGAUGAUUUAACUGGAUUAUUAGAUUCAGUUGAUACAUCUGGUAAAGGUGUGGUUGUUCAAGCUUCUACUUUAGGAUCUUUAGAAGCUUUAUUGGAUUUCUUAAAGGAUAUGAAGAUUCCUGUUAUGUCUAUUGGUUUAGGUCCAGUAUUUAAAAGAGAUGUUAUGAAAGCUACUACUAUGUUAGAAAAGGCCCCUGAAUUUGCUAUAAUGUUAUGUUUUGAUGUUAAAAUUGAUAAAGAAGCUGAACAAUAUGCUGAAGAACAAAAUAUUAAGAUAUUUAAUGCUGAUAUUAUUUAUCAUUUAUUCGAUGCAUUUACUGCUUAUCAAGCUAAAUUACUUGAAGAAAGACGUAAAAACUUUAUGGAAUAUGCUGUUUUACCAUGUGUUUUAAAGACCAUUCAAAUUAUUAACAAACGUAAUCCAAUGAUUAUUGGGGUAGAUGUUGUUGAAGGGGCUGUAAGAGUUGGUACACCAAUUUGUGCAGUUCGUACUGAUCCAACUACUAAACAACCUAAUAUUAUGGUAUUAGGUAGAGUUACUUCAUUAGAAGUUAAUCAUAAAUCAACUGACAUUGUUAAAAAGGGUCAAACUGCUGCCGGUGUUGCUAUGAGAUUAGAUAAUCCUUCAUCUGCUCAACCAACUUGGGGUAGACAUGUUGAUGAAACUGAUAAUUUAUAUUCAUUAAUCUCUCGUAGAUCCAUUGAUACUUUGAAAGAUCCUGCCUUCCGUGAUACUGUCUCAAGAGAUGAUUGGGUUUUGAUUAAGAAAUUAAAACCUGUGUUUGAUAUCAAGUGAUUCAGUAUCUUUUCUUCUUUUAUGUAUAGCUAUCUUUUAUCCUUUAUAUAUAAAUUGUAUGUACAAAUUUUUGCAAUCGAUUUUGCAAUUUUAUUGGUAAAGACACGAGAUUCUUUUUGGUUUUAUGGUCGUGCGUCAGGCCCAAAAAACUAGAAAACAAAUUUUCACC